AUGUCGAUAGUCGCCCUUUCUGACGACACCUCGCAGUCGCAUAUCGAAAUCGAGGACCUGCACCGCCUGGCGGCAAGCCUCAACUUCAAGAUCACCAGCGAUAAAGAUGCCGAUGUAUACCUGCUUAUGCUCCGCUCCUUCGAGUCGGAUGUCCUCGGUGGGCAGCCCCGUGAAUACCAUAAACCCGAGCCUAACGAUAACCCUAUGAACGUAUGGAGCUACUGCUGCAACCUCGCCGCGGCACGGCCCAUAAGCGACGUCCUCAAAGGCCGUAGCGUUAUGAUCAAGGACAGCAUUUCUGUCGGCGGACUGCCGACCACGCUCGGUACGCACCCAGAGAUUCUGAGUAAGGAUGAGAAGCUGCCCUUGUCGCCCAUCGACGUAACCGUGGUGUCGCGGCUCCUGACAGCAGGCGCGGUGAUCAAGAGCACCUCGACGUGUGAGAACUUCUGUGCGUCGCCGUUGUUAUGGACGUCAGCCUCUGGGCCGGUGUACCACCCUCUGCUCCACGGGCAUACCGCGGGCGGGAGCAGCAGCGGCUCCUGCGCUCUCGUCGCUGCCAACGCUCUCGUCGUCGCGGGCCGGGACAGCAACGACAGCUACACGAGCUUCGGCCCGACGGCCGGCUCGGUGCGCAACCCGGCCUGCUAUACGGGGCUGUAUGGUCUCAAGCCCACCUUCGGCCUGGUCCCCUACACUGGCGCGGCAUCCAUGUCGCCGAUGAUCGACCACAUUGGCCCGAUUGCGUCUUCGCUCGAAGACGUCGCUGUGCUGCUCAAGGUUAUGGCGGGCUGGGACGGGCUCGACCCCAGGAUGACGCCCGAGUCGCCGACCGAGGAACACGUACCGGACUAUCCUACCCUGUUGGCUUCAUACCGAGCGUCACUAUCCAAACGUUCCAACAACACCCAAGGCACAGAGCCAGUGCUGAAAGUCGGCCUGCUUACCGAAGCUUUCUCCGUCUCUGGCCUGUCCCCGGACGUCGCCAAGCUCAUCAAACAAACCACCUACGAAGCAUUCACCGCCGCGGGCGCGAGCGUCACGACAACCUCGGUGCCAAUGCACGCCGAAGCUCCCGUGAUAUGGACCCCCGCGACACGUCCAUCCAUAUCGCAAUGGCUCUCCCAGGGCCGGCCGUCCGGAUAUCUAUCGUACCUGGCACCGCACAUCGCGCCCCAGUGGCCGCCGGACCAGCAGAUGUACGAGCUGCUCAACGUAUCGAACCCAGCCCUAGCCAAGGCGCACCGAAAAGUCUUUGAGCUCCGCGCCGCAUAUGACAGGGCGCUGGACGAGGUCGACGUGCUGGUCCUGCCGUGCACGCCGACGGUGAGCAUGCCGCAUCCUGACCUGCGCGAGAACGGGACGGGGAUUCUGGAGAAGCUGGCGCCGGCGGUCGGGCUAACGAGUAAUACGUGUCCGUUCAAUAUCACGGAACAUCCGGCGAUGAGCGUGCCGUGUGGGACGCUGCCGGUUGUCGUUGAGGCAGACGGGGAGAGGAAGGAGGUGCAGAUGCCGAUCGUAGGGAGGCGCUGGGACGAUGUUAGGGUGUUGAAGGCUACGGCGCUAUUUGAGACUGGGAGGAGGACGAAAGCUUAA